AUGGACAGUAGUAACCUGCUCGAGAGCCUCCUCGAUCUGGAGGAAGACUUUUACAAAGAAGGCUAUGACCUAGGAGUCGCGGAUGGCGCGCAAGCCGGGUACACCGAGGGCAGUGUAUUUGCUGUCGAGAAAGGAUUCGAGAAAUUCGUCGAAUUGGGAAGACUGUAUGGCAAAGCCCUGGUCUGGGCUCAACGUCUUGCAGAUUCCCAGCCGUCUAACCACUCCGACUCGGCCGGCCAGGCCAAGGGAGGCCUCUCUUCUUCCCUGGUGGGUGAGAAGCCAGAACAAUCCUCCUUGCUAGACCCGGCCAUCUGCAGGGAAAUGUCGAGCUUCCCGUCGAGUUCUAGACUAGCAAAGAACAUCGAUACGCUGCUGGAAUUGGUAGAUCCCGCAUCCCUACCUAUGGUGAACACGGAGGAAGCGGUCAACGAUGUAGAUGAGCGUAUGAAAGGCGCGGCCAUCAAAGCCAAGCUGAUCCAGCGGGCGUUGGGGGAGAGGGAAGACAACUCGGACAUUCAUCCCGAUGCCAAGGAGCUCCCGGUGUCUGGGGAUGGAACCGGCAGCAUCGAAGACAUUAGUUCCCUGAAUAUCCGGCAUUGA